CUCUUCUGUAACUCUCUUUUAUCCCUCCUCUUUUCUUUACCAAACGUUUCAUACACGAUAUCUUGCACAACUGGACAAACACAUUAUUUAGAAACGUAUGGCCAACAUACAGGCAGGGAAUCCCCUGGUUCUUUUAAAACUGAUAAAAAAAUACUAAAAUUCAAAUGCUAAUGUUUUGUUUAUACAAUUGCAUUCAUAAAAGUUCUAAACAAUCCGCAUUUGCCCAGAUGUGUGUCUGAGAGUGAGACAGAAAGCGGUAAAAGCCGAUCCUCAUCUCCAUCCACUCUCCUGUAGGAGGGGUUAAUCCAUCUAUCCAUCCAUUUAUCCAGCAGGGUGAUUCUUGAUGGAUGCCCAAAUGCAGCACAGCUUAGCCCAACACUCAUCUCUGGCCGGCUGAAUCAUCCUCUCCUCUCUGAAGCUACGCACACAACAGAUGGACCACUCUCAUCACCUUUCAGCACUGCAACUAUGAAACAAAAGAAGCGAAGGCUGGAGAUACCAGGUGGACUAUGAAGAAAUGUGGCUGUUCCUUCCUCUAUCUGUCAGCUAUUUUUACCGUCACAUCUACCGAGCACUGCUGGCUUAAAAACUCGUUGAAGAAGGGAUGUGUGAAACCUUGUAGUGGUGUGUGUAGGAUUUUACUUCACAUACAUGAAGAUGUUUCCACUGAGUAGUAGCAAGAGUGUUUCAGAUUAUGCAGCAGGGUCCUCCAAGACACCCAUGAAGUGAGCCAAAAUCUUCACCCACAUGUCAUUUUUACUUUCCUAAAAGUAUUUCAAAAAGAUCACAGGUUCUCAGAUAGUUGCUGACAUCUUCUUUGUUCCUUUUCUUCUCAUAGACUGAGUCAGAAUGAAUUUCUGGCUUCUUCUUUUACUCACACCCCUCCUAAGAUCACAGGUGACUUCAAAUUUCCCAACAGUGUUAUCCAGGGAGACGGCCAACAGCACAGAUUUUUUAACAAACACUACAAGAAGUUCUGAAACAUUCCCUACAGAGCUUUUUAAGUUUGGUGAGAUACCUUCAGAGAGUCCCACAGAGGCGGAGGAUGACUGGUCACCAGCAGAGACCUUUUUAUACACUGGAGAUCCCUCCACUAUAACUAUGGCUCGUUGCUCACGGGCCUAUAGCACUAAGGGGCAGACCGCAUCUCUGCCAAGAAACUUCAAUGUUCCUCUCCGACCUGCUCUGGAUGCACUGGCUAAUACUGCCAACUUUCUCAAUAUGGUAUUCCAGGCCAGUGACCUUCGGGAGAGUACUGUGGAUGAAGAUAUGGAGUGGUACCAUGCCCUGGUCCGCUCCAUUUUGGAGGCAGACUUGCUUAUUCAGCGGGCGCUGCUUACCUUUGAUGCUGACCCUACUGCCCCAGUGCCACAGCUGGUUCUUUGUGCAACUCGCAACCCUAGUGGCAAACAGCAAGCCAUCCUCCUUCAGGACUUAUCCAAGGCCUGGGACAGCCUCCACCCUCCAGCUCCUGCCCCUGAUGACAGCUGGUUUAGACGACUGAAAUUCCAGGAGUCCAGCCAGCCAACAGCAGCCCUGUCCAAGCGAGUGCUCCUCAAUGACCUCACCACCCUAGAUACGCCCAAAUGGGGACAGGGUGACAGCUAUGUGACCAAUCGUACUGGGGUAAAAUAUGCCAGUGCUCCGUUUCUGGACUGUAAGGAUGGAUAUUUUGAACCUGGGUGGGUGCUCACCCUGUCUACCUCCUUCUAUGGCCUCAAGCCAGACCUGACACCAGAAUUCAGAGGAGUUAUACGUGUGGACGUAAACAUUCAGGACAUCGACUUGGAUCAGUGUGCAACAGAUGACAGCUGGUUUGCUGAUACCCACCAGUGCAAUCGCACCAGCAUGGAGUGUGUUCCAGUUCCGGGCCGGGGUUUUCGGCUGGGUCAGUACUGCUGUCGUUGUAAGGAAGGAUACUACAACCCAGAAAUCCCACCUGAGAAUGCAGAUGGGGACCCCAUGAAUGGCAGCAAAAGCAGUGUUACAUGUUACCCAAACAUGCCCAUCUGUCUCCCAUGCUGGCCAGGCUGUAAGAGCUGUCAGGACAGCACCCCCUGCUGGGUGCAGGAGGAUAGGCUCCUCAGGGCUGGAGUGCUGGCCCUCCAGGGUGUCUUCAUGUUCCUCGUCUUUGCCAGCAUGUUAAUGUGCUAUCAGCAUCGACAAAACCGGAGGAUCCGGGCCUCCAGCCUCCUGCUGCUAGAAACCAUUCUAUUUGGUUCUCUGCUCCUCUACUUCCCAGUCUUCAUUCUGUACUUCAAGCCGAGCACAUUCAGAUGUAUUCUGCUGCGCUGGGUUCGAAUGCUUGGGUUCUCCAUUGUCUAUGGCACAAUUACACUGAAAAUGUACAGGGUGCUGAAGGUGUUUCUGUCACGGACAGCCCAGAGAAGGCCCUACAUGUCCAGCCUCCACCUGCUGAGGAUUCUGGGAGUGAUGCUGAUGACGGUCAGCUGGUUCCUGUGUGCGUGGACCGUGGGUGUGCUCCAGAACCGAGACAGGAACAUUCCGGUUUUUGUUACAGCCACCACGUCAGACGGUCAGGGCUUCAGCCUGUGUUACCUGGACCGCUGGGACUAUAUGAUGGCCGUGGCUGAGCUUCUGUUCCUGUGCUGGAGCAGUUCCCUGUGGACAGCUGUCAGGCCGGUCCCCUCAGCCUUUCAUGAACCUCGCUACAUGGGCAUUGCCAUCCACAACGAGCUCGUGCUCUCCUCCAUGUACCACCUGUUUCGGUUCACCUUUCUGUCUCUCCAUCCUGACUGGAUGUUACUGCUGUCCUUCAUGCACACCCAUGUCACCAUCACAGUUACACUUACACUGCUCCUGGUUCCAAAGUUUUUUUUCGAGACUAAAGCUAGAAGAGAGGAGAUAGCAGCAGAAGUGUAUGAAGAUGAAAUGGAUCUGCGACGUUCUGCCUCAUACCUCAAUAACAGCUUUUGUUCUACUUGGAGCGGGCACAGUAUGGACCCAGAUGAUUUUCAGGAUGAGCUUAAGAAGUUAUAUGCCCAGUUAGAGGUACACAAGGUAAAGAAGAUGACAACAAACAACCCGCAUCUUUCAAAGAAGCGCAGUUCUCGGUGUGCACUGGGAAGAUCGCUUAUUAAACGCAUUACCGAGUUCCCAGAAACUGUAAGUCGGCAGUGCAGCCGUGAAGACAGAGAUGGAUCCUUCCGCAUUAGACGUGGGAGUCACUCUGAUUCGUUUAGGAUGGCACCAGAUACUGUAAGUAUCAGUUACAGAAGUUCAAUAAAAUCCCAUUCAUCAUUCAUAUGCAAGUCCCAAAAUGAUCAUCAUUAUGUGAGGGAAAGAGGCUCCUCGUUCCAUGACUCUACAUUAAGGGCCAAUUCUGUGAAGAGAUCCUCCCAGCGAUCUGAGACAGACUCCCUGGAUAUUCCACCUGCGGUGUGUAAGUCAGUCAGUGCUCAGAAUUUAACAAUUGAUACCAAUCUCCUGCAUCCUGAUCACACAAGGCUUCAUAAAUCUUGGAGUUUAAGCUCCUCUACCACCCAUUCCAUUGAGAACAUACCAAAGAUAUCAGGUGGAAGUGUGAUGCAGUCAAAGCAGAGCCUUUCCAUUAGUAAUCAGACCCGGAGUGCCCUUCAGUCAGAAUCAUUUGACAAAGCUGAGGUCUGUCCCUGGGAGGUGGAGCCAGAACAAUCAGGGGAAAAGAACAAAAAGCAUGUAACAUAUGCAAGCUCAAAGGAUAGUGAAGAAAAAGAGUUACCUUCCCCACAAGCACUUGUUUGUCCCUGGGACCAUUUACCACCUGUUGAAAAGGUUCCUUCAGUAGACAAAGAAUCACAAGCUGACAUUGUUUCCCCCAAAGCACCAGUAACGGUGUCUGCUAGUGCACCAGGUACACCAAGACCCAAAGUGUCAAAGAACCAACGAGUCUUCUCCUUCCGCACCACCACUAAUAAAUGGCUCUCUGUGAAAUCUUUUAUGUCAUCCGUUGAUAGUAGCAAGAUUACUAAGGAUGUAUAUUUAAACAGAGAGGAUUCCCAAAAAAGCCUGGAGAGUACCUCCACAUCACCAAUAUCUAGAACAUCUAGUAGACGUCCAAGCAUGGACAAGAAGUCACUGCAGAAAUUUAGCAUGUCAACAACAGAUGGAAAGCCUUGCCUUGUGAAGCAGAAUGCAGUCAGACUGUCCUCUACGGAUUCCUCUGAUAGAAGCCCACGAAGGAUUGUGAUUGUAAAAUCUGCCAUCUCUCCUGCUGAUGCUGACGAUGGACAAAAAGAAGGCAGCCACGACCAUGUGUUUCUUUCAAGGCAGAGCAGUAAACGUAGUAGCAUAAGUUCUUGGGAGACAAUUAGCAGCUCAAGAACCCCUUCCACUCGUCGAAGAGGUAGCAAUCGAAUCAGACCAGCCUGUAACGUGUCUUACACAGAUGUGUGUCCUUGGGAUGGGGCUAGUUCUGCACAAGGAGAAGGACCAAAGAGGCAACAGAGCAUCAAAGCAAACAUCUGUUCGGAGGAAUCCCAGGUGUUAGAGCGGUCUAAUGUUUGUCCAUGGGAAUCACAAGACCGAGGGAAUUCGGGAGGACAAGAGAGCACUAGGGUCGAAGCAUGUCCUUGGGAAUCGCAGGAAAUUUCUGUCACUUCUAAAACUUCGACAUCCAAAGAGCCACAGACUCAGUCUUUGAAAGUAGAUGUCUGUCCCUGGGAGACUGUAGAAACUCCCCAAAUUUCAAUAAGACAAGACAGCGAAUAUGCAAAUGUUUGUCCCUGGGAUGUUCAGAACAAGGAUGAAGGUCUAUAUGAAAACCCUUCAGGGAACAAAGGAACACUGAUGGUACCUCUUAUGAAAGAAAUCAUGAAACCUGCCAUCUAUCCUGGUUCAUCCACAGAAGUUAUAAAAAUUACCCAAGCACACAACAAAACAACCCCUGCCCUGAAUCCAAGUACACAACUGUCCAAAGCAGCUGAAAGCUGUCCAAGGGAUUUCCCCGAUCCACCUAAGCCAAUGAAAGAUAUUUGCCCAUGGGAAGGGGAGGACAAAGAGCCUACAAACACAGACUCUGCUUUGCAAAUGACAAUGAACACAGAUGUUUGUCCCUGGGAAAAUGGACAUCAAGAAAAACUAGAUAUAUCUGAAAAAACUGCUUCCAUGAAAACUGAAGGGACAGAACAAAUCCCAGUAAACGUUUGUCCAUGGGAGAGAACAGAGUCCUGUGAAAGUAAGGAAGUUGCCAAAAUUGUGUCUCAAGGGCAGCAAAGCCCAUUAAACGUGUUAAAAAAGCAAGACAGCUGUAGGACAAAUGUGUGUCCAUGGGAGACAGAAGAUCCACAAAUGCUCACAAAGGACAGUGCUUUGGCAGAUGUUUGUCCAUGGGAGACAGAAGACACUAAAGUUACCAAAAGGCGCAGCAUUAGAGAAAAUGUUUGCCCAUGGGAGAAUGAAGAAUCUAAUGUUUUAAAAAAGCAAGACAGCACACGGGCAGAUGUUUGUCCAUGGGAGACAGAAGACCCAAAAUUGUUGAAAGAGCAACACAGCUGUCAGGAUGUUUGUCCAUGGGAAACAGUAGAAACUAAAGACAAAGAUGUUUGUCAAUCCGACACCAAGGAAGACAGAGAUGAUGGAAAAGCAGUCUCAAAUGUAGCAGAAAACAUUUAUAACACCAACAGUGAACGAGUUGUCACAGACAACCAGAGGACUCUCAAAGAUGAGACUCAAGAAGACAUGGGCACAGGGCAGAUGGAUGAGUCUAAGGCCAACUUGGCUUUGGGUCGUCGUGAUGCUUUGUGUCCAUGGGACAUCAUCAGGAGCACAUCAGGCUCAUUUACAGACAAUAUUACAGAUGUGUUUACCUGGGAGCCUGAGAACAUUCCAGAGGAAGAUGAGGAAGAUGAUGCAGAGUGUGCGGCCGAAGCUCUUGUUUUUCCAUCUGACUUGUGAUUGAAACCUAAACAAUCUAAACUUUAUAAUUAAAAUGAAUGAACACCAACACUUUUCUGCUAUUGACCAAGUUAGGUGCGAGUUAGUUAACCCUAACAGUGACCUGUAGGUUGGGUUGAACUGAGAGACCUCUCAUAGAAAUCUGAUUUGAUAUGUGCAUAUGAUACAUUUUUGCAAAGUUUCAUGUUUUUUAUGUAUACAUUUUACCUCCCAGCAGGUACACACAUUUUGAAUGGCAAUGAGAGCUUCCCUUUUUACAUGAAAAUGUAUUUUGUGUCUGUAUGUUUUGUAAUGAGAGUAUUAUUUGUGCUUGUAUUAUAUUCCCAUGGCUGAUGUGUGAUCAAGUCUAAAUUCUAGCCUGCAGUUAUGACAAAUCUAAAUGCAGUUUGGAGACUCUACACAUUAUGCAUUUCACAUAUGCAUUUUCAGUGACCGUCUUCUGCUUUGCAAUAAAAUAUUAAAAGAUGCCAAGGUAAUGUUUAAACAAAGCCCUAUGCAUAUAUUUUAAUGUGUCUAUUAGAACCUUGAUCACCCUGUGUUAACCUAACCUAAUUAGUGUAUAAGCUCAUAGCUAAAUCCUUUCUUGGCAUCUGGUGUAGAUUUUAAAGUGAUUAUAAAACCCACCAACAGUAGAAACACAGAGCAUAUGAAAAUAAAAGUUUCUAUUUGUUGUUUUUAGAAAAAUAAAAGGUGACUGUUUGGUAAUGAUGUCCCCACAACAUGAGUAAUGAUGCAUAGUAAAGUGUAUGUCUCAGAGCGUAGAAAAUGGUUUUAUUCAGAGAAUUCAAACAACAAUUUUGUUUUUGUCUCGUCAUUUUCUAAGCACUGCAUCAUACUUGUGUCUUUUUAAACAUACAAAAAUUAUUGCAAGAGUCCAUGAUUUACAAUGACAUGCAGCCUUGACUAUUAUUAAUGUUCCAUUGUAGAGUUCAACAUCUUGUAUUUACAGUGCAGAAAUAAACCACUCCAUUUCUAUA